AUACUACAGUUUUACCUCAAGGCCUCACCCCUCGACUACACAUAUUAUUUACAAAGGACUCAAAUGUCGGUCGCUUCGAUUGUGCAAGCGAACGAGCAGGCGUUGCAGCCAAUUGAUUCACCGAUUCAUAAGCUGGUGCAAACAGUCUUUGCAGAGGUUCUGGCCGAAUUCAGUGGCUGGAAAAUCAAAUACUGCGAGCAUUUCAUCCGCUCUCUGACCCAGGUCACAUCAAGUCCACGUGUUCCGAUACCAGAUGACGAUAGCACACCUCUCCAUGCCGUCGGUAAGGCCGGUGGGGGUCCGGACGGAAACACGGAAAGAAUGGUUGCAUUGACCUCUUACUCUGAAGAUGGAACUCCAAGAUCAACUUCCACGAUAUCUCUUCAAGUAGUACAUACCGAGCUUUUUGAGCCACACAAACCCUAUGAAUAUUGCACUCCCAUCUCAAGGAAUAUCUUUAGGGGAGAUGAUGACGAUAUGAUGCCGUUCAUCCCAUAUGCGGAUGAUCCAACCUUCGACCACCUAGAUCAUACACUGUGUUAUGACUCUUUUGCAUGGCAAGAUGAUGACUAUGAUCCAGACUUAGAAGUUAUUUCUUUAGAGGCAGCCUAUCGCCUCCGUACGGUUCACAGUCUGCUGUAUCAGGACACAGAUAGCACGGGGGUCCUUCCCUUAAAGCUUUUCUCAACUCCAGGAAAACCUGGAUUGUUUACCCUGAGUCGUCGUCGUGAUCUACUCAAAUGGAACGGGACCACCAUUCCUUGUCCCUACAGCUUUCCUUCUUCAUUGCCAUCUCACGGUAUUCUUCAACAUCGGCUUGAGCUCACUCAUGCAUUAUUUUGUCCUAACCUCAACUGUAUUGAGCCCCUGUGCCCUGUUCAUGUUGAAACAAACCCUGUGUCGCCACCCCGUAAGCAGACUAUCCAGCUGUCAGAGCUACUGAAACGUGUAGAACACCCCUGCGAUGCUGGCUGUUUCUUGCAGAGCAGGACGGUCGAGGCACUCCCUCGCUGGAGUGAAGAUGACAUCGAUUCGUUCAAGAGCAUCUUAGAUAUUGAGCCAGAUAUGAUACCUUGUGACCAUGCUGAAUUAUGCUUCAAGCCCUGCCAUGAGAUCCUUUAUUAUCGCCGAUUACUAUAUCCAGAUUUCGACGAGCUUCAAACUGAGUGCCCAAAUGGGGAACGCAAGGGGAAGUCGCGAUCUCUGGAAUUUCAAGAUCGUGAUCCGCUCAAGUUCACACCGAACGAACCUUGUCAUCACUCUGGACCAUGCGAUGUUUUAUCUGACUGUUUAUGUUUCAAGAACAAGGCUCAUUGCCAGCGAAACUGCCGUUGCCCUGGAAAAUGUGCUCGGAGAUGGAAAGGUUGUCGCUGUGCCAAAGCACGCGAUGGGAUGAGCUGUGUGAAGGUCAAGCGAUGCUCUUGCCUCGAAGCUCGACGUGAGUGUGAUCCAGAGCUUUGCGUCAAAUGCGGAUGUCGGUACCCGGAAACGAGUACUUGCGGGAACUCGCAGAUUCAACAAGGUCAUUUCAAGAAACUGGAGGUCAAGGAAAGUCGUUGGGGCGCAGGUGUAUUCCUUCUCGAACCGGCCAAACAGGGUGAAUUGAUCGUGGAAUACGUCGGGGAGCUUAUAUACGAAAUGACAUUUGACAGCCGCGGAGAGGUUGCAGAGCACCUUGGACGAAGCUAUGUCUUUGGUCUCAACGACGCGCUAUCCCUGGAUAGUUCGCGUGCAGGCAACAUGUCGAGGUUCAUCAACCAUUCGGGCUCUAGUGGUGUCAGUAGCGAAACGCAGUGUAAUUGUCGCGCUUUCGCGCGACUUGUGAAUGGAGAACACCGUAUAGGAAUAUUUGCGAUUAUGAACAUUGACGCUGGAACCGAGAUCCUCAUUGAUUAUGGCCCAGUGUUCUUCCCGGACCAAAAGAAGAAUGCAGAGGCCUCCCGUUCAAAUUAAUCUGGUUGUUAUCAAACCACAGCUCGUACUUAAAACACCACAGGCAGCAUACUUAAUUCUGGCUCAACACUGGGCAACCCUAAAUUAUUGCUCUCAUAUAUGUGGCAUUACGAGGGACGGAACACCACAUCGGCACCUUCAUGGCCAAACGCACUAAACUGGAAGUUCCAAUCACCAGCAGGAGUGGCACUGAUUUAUAUGUAUGCAAAAUGCUAUAAGACUGACGUGCACUGGGACUUGCAGAUUCAAGCAAGGAUU